GCGGGCGCGGCCAUGGCGCUGAACCUGGCCAAGAACGGGCGGGCGCUGCAGGAGGCCUACGGGAGCGUGGUGGCCGCGGGCAGCCGAACCGACUGGGCUCUGUUCACCUAUGAAGGCAACAGCAAUGACCUGCGAGUGGCCGGCUCCGGAGAGGGGGGCCUGGAGGAGAUGGUGGAGGAGCUCAACAGCGGGAAGGUGAUGUACGGCUUCUGCCGCGUCCGGGACCCCAACUCGGGGCUGCCCAAAUACGUCCUGGUCAACUGGACAGGUGAAGGUGUCAAUGACGUGAGGAAAGGAGCCUGCGCCAACCACGUCAGCACUGUGGCCAACUUCCUCAAGGGCGCUCACGUCACCAUCAACGCCCGGGCCGAGGAGGACGUGGAGCCCGAGCUGAUCAUGGAGAAGGUGGCCAAGGCCUCGGGGGCCAACUACAGCUUCCACAAGGAGAGCAGCAAGUUCCAGGACUCGGGGCCCCAGGCGCCCGUGGGCUCUGUGUACCAGAAGACAAACGCCAUGUCUGAGAUCAAGAGGGUCAAUAAGGACAAUUUCUGGGCCAAAGCAGAGAAGGACGAGCAGGAGCGGCGGGAGCAGGAGCGGCGGCGCGCGGAGCAGGAGCGGCAGCGCCUGGAGCAGGAGCGGCGCCAGCGGGAGCUGCGGGAGGCGGCGGGGCGGGAGCGGCUCUGCCAGGCCCGCGACAGCGAGAUCGACGCGCACAAGAGACUGCAGCAGCAGCAGGAGGCCGAGAGCAGGGACAGGGAGCAGCAGCAGUGGAAGGAGCACGCCGAGGAGGAUGAGGCUCGCCGGGGCGUCAGGAGGAGCCAGUCGGUGGAGAAAGCCCAGGAGGCAGCCACGCUGAUCGCGCAGAGAGCCGUCAACCCCCGAGACAUCUUCAAACAAAAGGAGAGAGCGGGGCCGGGGGACACGGGGCUGCCAGCACAGCCAGGCAAGCUGCGCAGCCCAUUCCUGCAGAAGGAGCUGGACCCCGGCCCAGCCUCCCCCAGCAGGGACGUCUGGGGGUCCCCCCCGGCCUCCCCAGGCCCUGCAGCAGGACGGGACUCUGGCUACAGCUCCGGCGUGCCGGGCUCCCACGGCGACGAGAACCUGUACGAGGAGCCCCCCGAGCCCGCGGCCAUCUACGAGGAGCCCCCCCAGGAGCAAGCUGCCGAUGCCAAGUACGACUACAGGGAGGAGUACCAGGAGCCCCCAGACCUGGCGGGGAAGGGGCUCUGUGCCCGGGCCCUCUAUGACUACCAGGCUGCUGACGACACCGAGAUCUCCUUCGACCCCGAGAACAUCAUCACCAACAUCGAGAUGAUCGACGAGGGCUGGUGGCGCGGCUUCGGCCCCGACGGCCACUUUGGGAUGUUCCCCGCCAACUACGUGGAGCUGAUCGAGUAGGGGGUGCUGGGGGGCCCAGACCCUCGGGGCUGCUCCAGAGACCCCGAGCCCACCCAGCUCCAGCUGGGCUCUUCCAGCGACACGUGGCUUUAUUUCUGUAUUUCUUUAUUAUUUCUUUAUUUCUCUCUCUCUCAGUGAAGUGCCAUUCCCCAGUCCCUCGGCAGUAGAGCUGCUCCCCGUCCCUCAGGGUGGGAAUGAAGGGUCCCAUCCCACCCUGAGCCCUCCUCCCUGGCUCUGGGGUGUGACAAAUCCCUCGCAGGAAUUUUCAGGGAACAGAUUCAAGAAUUACCUCCCCCCUGUGCUCCCUCCGUGCCUCCCUCCCCGUGGCCUUGGGCCUGCCACAGCCACACUGGACGUCCCCAAGCUCAUUUCAUUGGAGAAGCUCAUCAGAGCCAUUUUGGGGUGCUGCAGGGUCUGACACGAGCAGGAGAGAAUCCUGGCCCUGCAGCGCCCUGAGCUCACACGUGUGCUCACCCUGUGUUCUCCUCCCUGCUCUCCCGCAUUCGCUCACCCCAGACCUGCUCUGGGGUUUGAACUGAGAGUGAAAUCCUCCCCUGCAGCCUGGCCAGGCGUGUGGGACCCCUCCCCACCCCAAACUCACUGUGAACAAGGAAAAGCCCAGCCCAGCCCUCCCUUUGGAGUUCCCCUUCUGCUGUCGCUUUAGGAACAAAAGGAGAGAAAGGCUUGGGGGGUCCCAGCUCAGCCCCCCCCUCUGCAGGGGCUGGGGGCCGUGGGGGCUUCUCCGAGUCCUGCCCGAGCUCCUUCUCCUCCCUGUGCCCCGGGCCCUCCCCAGCAUCAAUAAAAGGGCUUUUCUUUGGUGA